ACAAGGCGGUGUCGUGUGUCACGUGACUCGGGGCGGGGCGGGCGCUGCCGGCUCGCGCGGCAGGGCCGCGGGGUGCGCGCGUGCACGAGCAUAGCGCGCGCGUGUGUGUGUGUAUGUGUGUGUGGGUCGGUGCAUGCACACGCGGUGCCUGUGUCCACGUGGGUGUGCAGUACCUGCAGCCUGGCGCUGCCCAGCCUGGGGCCUGGUGGGAACUCGGUGCCGGGUCUGUGGGCGCUGAGGCUGCGCUGCCACCCAGCACAAAGCAGCACGUGGCAGCGGUGCACCCUGCUUGCAGCCACCAGCACCUUGAGCUGCAGCACCUAGCACGUAACUCCUUGUUUUGCUGCUUCCUCCCUGCAGGUGCGAUGCAGGGCUUGCUGCGGACGGGGCUGCCCGUGCUCAGAGCAGCAGCGGGCCCACAGCUGCAGGCCCGCAGCUCCCAGCACGACGCCCCGGCUCAUGCCCGCCUGCUGCUGUCGCAGCUCUUCCAGCCUCUGAACCUGCAGGUGGGUGGUGUGGCAGGAUGUGAGGGCCAGGCGGCGGAGCUGGUUUGCCGCAGCCACCGGCUGAUGCUGCAGGGUGGCCUCAUCCACCCUGCCAGCCCUGGCUGUUACCACCUCCUGCCGCCCGCCGUGCGCUCCAUGGAAAAGCUGAUCCGCCUGAUCGACAGCGCCAUGCGGAACAUCGGCGGGCAGAAGGUGAACAUGCCCAGCCUGAGCUCAGCUGAGCUGUGGCGGACGAGCGGACGCUGGGAGCAGAUGGGGCCGGAGCUGUUCCGCUUGACUGACCGGCACAGCAAGCAGUACUGCCUGGGCCCCACACAUGAAGAGGCUGUCACUGAACUGGUGGCCGCACACAGCAGCCUGUCCUACAGGCAGCUCCCGCUGCGCCUCUACCAAGUGACCAGAAAGUUCCGGGAUGAGCCCAAGCCCCGCUUCGGCUUGCUGCGUAGCAGGGAGUUCUACAUGAAGGACAUGUACACCUUUGACACCUCCGAGGAGGCAGCACGUCACACCUAUGAACUGGUGUGCAGAGCCUACCGCAGCCUCUUCGAGCGCCUGGGCCUGCGCUGCGUACAAGUGCGGGCGGCCACCGGCACUAUCGGUGGCACCGCGUCCCACGAGUUCCAGCUGCCGGCCGACAUUGGUGAGGACAGGCUGGUGCUGUGCCCCGCUGGGCAUUUUGCCGCCAACGUGGAGAUGUUGGACAGAGAGCAAACAGCGUGCCCCACCUGCGGAGAAAAACUCACCCAGAGCAGAGGGAUCGAAGUGGGGCACACGUUUUAUCUGGGCACCAAGUAUUCCUCCAUCCACAACGCCAUCUUCUAUACCCCCGAGAAUAAGCUCCAGCUGGCAGAAAUGGGCUGCUACGGGCUGGGGGUCACUCGCAUCCUGGCAGCAUCCAUUGAGGUGCUGUCUACAGAGGACAGCAUCCGCUGGCCAAGCCUCAUUGCGCCCUACCAGGUGUGCUUCAUCCCCCCCAAGAAAGGCAGCAAGGAGGAGCAGGGAGCCGCGCUGCUGGAGCGCCUCUACGAUGACGUGGCUGAGGCCCUGCCGCACCUGGUGGGUGACGCGGUGCUGGAUGAUAGGACACAGAUGACAAUUGGCAAAAGGCUGAAGGAUGCCAACAAGCUGGGGUACCCCUAUGUGGUCAUAGCCGGGAGGAGGGUUUGCGAGGACCCUCCACUCUUUGAGGUUUGGGAUCAGAGCUCUGGCACGGUUUUGUACCUCACCAAGGAAGGUGUCAUUGAGUUACUGAGUAAAGUGCAAGUCCCUUGAAA